AUGCCCCAACUGGGGCCAAAUUCACAACCUAGGCAAGCUUGUUUUGAUCCACCUCUUGAAGUGAUUUCCACCAGGAACCCAAUUAUGUACAACAAAAAAGCAGCUGACCCAGUCCAUCCUGACCUUGCUGGUUUGUUGGUGAAAAACAAGAAUCUUUUAGCUGAGCUAAGAAAUCUUCAAAACAAACUUUUCAUAAAAGAAACUUCAGUGCAAGAAAUGAAGACUGAACUAGAAAGUUACAAAGAAAAGAAUGUGAAACAGUCAUUCCAGAUAAUGUCCCUGAAAAAUGAUAUCAAGGACCUGGAGGAACUUAUUGCUUCUCUAACCAGAAUUAAGUCUUUGAAAAGCAUCAAUGUUCAGAGUCUUGAAAGAGUCAACUGGGAUCUAAAUGAAAGAAUUAUAGAACUAGAAAACCGUCUAAGAGUACAUCUGGUGGAAAAAGAAAAGGCAGAGCAAAAAACAGAACUUUUGGAGAAAAAGUUAGCAGGUGCUAAUGGACUCAUCCCUAAUGUGAAUAUGAAAGGACAAGAAGAUACCUGCGGUAGUUUCAUAAUAAAGGUGAGAAUAAAUUCAGAUUAAUUUAACUUUGAGAGGGAGAACAUUUUUCACUCUGAGGGACGAAAAGAUGGGCAGAAAAUUUGGGAUAAAUGUCAAGAUUUGAUCCACAUGGAGAAACAAAAAUAUAAAUUAGACAGACCUCCAAAUUCAUCCAGCUGGGAAGCUAAAACUGCACAAUCCCACUAUCAGCAAUUCCUUGGUCAGUUGGCUACUCUUCUGAGCAACAGUGUUGUCCCCAUCCCAGCCACCGAGGAAGCGGUGAAAGAGAGGAUUCAGGAAAUUGGUGCAAAUGAGCAGUAUUGGAAGUCUAGAACUGAAGGCCUUCAGCAGGAAAUUCAGAUGCUCACUAAGCAACUGGAGCAGCUGCAUCAUCACGACGAAGAAUCAUCCCAAACUGAAGAAAAGUGUAGGGAACAAAAAAGACCCUUGAAACGUCUGGAAAGAAAAACUGCUAUUAAUGACUUUUUUCAAGGGACAUUAGACUUGGGCAAGAGUAAAGAAAACUCUAGACCUAGGAAUUCCAUGAUAGACGAGAACAGCAAGAUGUUUAAACAGCUAGAGAAAGACAACAAGCAACAAACAUUAUUGAAUAUUAAGCAGAAUUUGCAGAUUGCAACAACUGAAAGAUUAGAGGGAGAAAUUCAGGAACUUCAGAAACAGCUCAGUGAUUUGAAAUUGUCUAAUAAGAAUAUGAAAACCCAGCUAACAAGAGUAAAUAUCCUUAAAGACAAAACAAUUCAGAAGCUCAAGCAAUCUUUAAUAAAAGUUGAAGUAAUGAAAGGGAAGGCAGUUAUGAAAACAGAUAACUUGAAAACUACACUAGACUCAGCCAAGCAAGAUGCAAGUUGGGACAAAGACAGGGCCCAUCAGAGGGUCGAUGCUGUCACUCCUGAGCGCUGCACAGCAAAGAGCCCACUUGAAGAAGUAUCAGGACGACCACAGGAGCGUGUCGACUUUAGAGAAACUAUAAUGAAGACGUUGGGAUUUAACGUGAAAACAGCUGACAAAAAAAUAAUCACUCACCUAAGACUUAUUAUUCAAGCUUAUGAAGCAUCUAACAAAUCGAAGAUUGCUUCUAAUUGUGAGGCUGGACAGAAGGAGACCCUGCUGAGAGCCUCCACCUGUAGCCCAACCUGCUCAACCACCUUCUUUGUUCAGGAUUCCCCUGUGUCAGCUGCCUGCUGCCGCCUCAACACAAGGACUGCACUCAACGCAAGGACUGCACUAUCCUGUGAGCCAGGCAGGCUGUCCCCACCCCUUUUUCCAGAGUUCCUCUUUGAGGAACUGCAAGUACUACCAGAAGAAAGCUCUCCAUGA